AUGGAUAUCAAAGUUGAUAUUAUCUCUAAAGAAACAAUCAAACCAUUUUCUCCAAGUUCAAAGAGUCAUAAAAGCCACAAGCUUUCUCUUUUAGAUCAAAAGGCUCCAAAUUGUUACACUACAUUUGUUCUCUUCUACAACAAGAACUCAAGUAGUGAUUUGGAAAAUGUUAUAGAUUCUCUUAAGGUAUCCCUCUCGAAAACCUUAAGUUACCUGAACCCGCUUGCAGGAAGAGUUAAAGAUGGAAUCACAGUUGAAUGCAACGACCAAGGUGUUGAUUUAACGCGUGCCAACGUUCAUGAAGACAUGUCAAAUGUGCUUAUGAACCUGAAAAUUCAAGUCCUGAGAAAAUUACUCCCAAUGAAUCCAUUAACAAGAUCAGAUGAUAAUGUCUUGUUGGCACUACAGAUAAACUGUUUUGCUUGUGGAGGAAUUGCUAUAGGUGUUUGUGUUAGUCACCUUAUAACUGAUGGUUCAUCCAUCGCCACAUUUCUCAAAACCUGGGCAAGCAUUAUUCAGAGUCGCGCAGAAAAUGACAACAUUACUAUUUCAGACAAAUUGUUCAUAGAUUGUACUUCCAUCUUUCCACCGAAAGAGGUCCAUAGUUUUUCUAUGUUUCAAUUUGGGAAAAAAGAUCAACUUCAACCAAAAAUGGCAGCAAGAAGAUUCAUGUUCAAUGAGUCCAAUAUUUUGGCUCUGGACACGAAAGCAGAACGUUCAACUUCUCGAGUAGAGGCUGUGUUAGCCUUUGUAUGGGAAGCAGUUAUUGCAGCUAUGCAGAAAAGGAACAAUAAUAAUAGUAUUAAGAAUUAUGUAAUUCGAACUCCAAUAGACUUAAGGAGAAGAAUUCAACCUCCAUUACCUCAACAAACCAUGGGAAAUAUCAUACAUAUGGUUGAGGCAAAUUGGGAAGUUUCUGAGGGACCUUUAGACUAUAAGUUACUAGUGAAAAAAAAUUCAAGAUUCGAUAAAGAAUGUGACUAA